AGCAAGAACAGUGUGUGUAGUACUGAGCUUAGAGAGAGAGAGAAAUGGAGAGUGGAAAGACCAAGAAGGGUGUGAUGAAGAGCUCCUUCCAGAUGCCGCUUCACUAUCCAAGGUACACCAAGAAGGACUAUGAGAGCAUGCCUGAGUGGGAGCUUGACAGGCUUUUGGCUGAGUAUGGUUUGGCUGUGCAAGGUCAUGACUUGGAAUACAAGAGGGAAUUUGCAAUGGGUGCCUUUCUUUGGCCUGAUUUUGGUCAUGAAAUUCGCACCAAUUCCAAUGGACUUCACUACCACCACCAAGAUUCUGCUUCUCAUGCUCACAAGAAGUCCAAGAUUUUUGAGUUCAUUAAGCACAUAUUGGGUUAUGCUAGGCAAUCUGUUAGUGACUUUCAAUUAAGCCUUUACAAUUAGCCUAGUAGGGCAAUA